AUGUGCGUCCAGAGCCAGUCACUUUGGACGGUUGCGAAAUCCAAACUCGACGACGUUGACCGGGACCUGCUGGCCUUCGAUAGCGACAAUGAUAUCAAGAGAACUGGACAAAACGAGCUUGAGAUAUUGGAGAGACUUGAGCAAACUACUCGGGAAGCAUACGAUACAUGCAUCCAUAAGAGAUGGAAAAUCACCAUCCCAGGAAAAGGGAAGAAAGUUAUAAUUCGUGACCUACUGAGCAAAGUCGUGCGCUGGAUUGAGCUAUUCAAAUCAGUGGGCGAUCAAUUUGUGCAGUAUGACCCGGGCCACGCUGCCUUACCAUGGGCCGGAGCUCGGUUCUUGUUGCAGAUUGUUAUCAACGAUUUCAGCAAAUUCGAUUUCGUUGUGCAGGGUGCCGAAAGAAUUGCCAAAAUGACCGCACGAUAUAGAAUCAUCGAGAAGAUUUACAUCCAAAAACGUUCAGCUACCUCGGAACAGCUUGAGCAGGCGGUGGUGAGGGUGUAUGGCUCAAUCCUCAAAUAUCUCGUUGAAGCCAAGCGCUAUUUUGAACAUAAAACAGGAGGUGAGCUUAUAUUGCCAAGUUCGAUGGUAGCUGGAGAAAGCUCACAAUCUUUAGUGCGACUUUUGAAAAGUGGGCUCCUUGGCCAGGAUGAUUUCCAGGAGCUUUUGGACAAAAUGGAAGCGGACGAGAAAUUGGUAGACCGAUGUGCGAGUUUGGUUCAAGGUGAGACCAUGGUUGAUCAGUCGAUCAUAAUAGUGAACAAUAAUAUUGCCUCUCAUCUUGCGACCUUGUCGUUAGAGAUGGAGACCUUUCAUUCACUGCGAGAUACGCUCAGUCGGAUGGAACAGCCACUCUCACAGGUGUUCUUCCACUUGAACAAGGUCGAGGAUCAUUUGGACAGUAUACAGCGACGACAGAUGUUGGACUGGUUGUCUACUCAGCCGUAUCUUGACUACCACACCACGAUCAAAUUUAGAGUCCUGGACGGAACAUGCCAAUGGGUUCUGCAACAUCCAAGUUUCACUGAAUGGAAAGGCGAGAGCACAAAUUCGCUGCUCUGGCUUCAUGGUGCUCAGGGUGCGGGCAAAAGCUGCUUAGCAUCGAUGGUCAUUGAUGAUGGCAUGAAUGUCUCCUGUCAGAUUGAAGACUUUGCUCAAGCCUACUUUUAUUGUUCUCGCAACACUGCCGAGUCCCAACGUGCGAAUGCACAGAGUAUUCUCGGAUGUAUUGCGCGUCAGCUUUCUAGCCCAUCUUCAAACCAGCCCCUUGCUCCCCCAACAGUUUCUCUUUACAGGAAAUUACACCUGGCAGAUGGUUCCACGAGAGUUCCGAAUCUGUGUGAGUGCCGUGAUUUAAUCGUUGAACUGACCGAAGUCUAUUCCCGGACCACCAUUGUGAUGGACGCUCUGGAUGAGUGUAGUAGAGACGAGCGUGCAGAACUCGUCGAGGCCCUGGAGUAUAUUAUCGACAACUCGACUAGCCUCGUCAAGAUCUUUGUCACUUCGCGCGAAGAAGGUGACUUGAGGUUAUCUAUCCAGGCGCAUUCGGGGGUUCAGGUGACGUGGGUAGAGAAUGGGUCCGAUAUCGAGAAAUUUGUGAAUUUUGAAACGGACAGGCUUGUGGCAAAGAACCAGCUACUUGGCUCUAUCCGAGUCAAAUCCACAAAAGAUGAUCUGAAGGCGUUGAUCAAAGAAGAUACUAUUUCUAAGGCUAACGGAAUGUUCCGUUGGGCCCAAUUGCAGCUGCAGAGUCUUCGUUGGAUUCGUACGGAGAGAGAUAUUCGAUUCGCUAUGUCGACAAUCCCGCGCCCACUCAGCGAGCUAUACGAGGACCUCUACAAAAAAGCACUCGAAAGCACCGAAGAAACAGAUCGGGUUUUGUUCCAAAACACGCUGAAAUGGAUGCUAUGCACGACGCGGGUUUUCGGUUGGGAAGACUUCUCCCAAGCUAUCACGAGCUUCGUGGAAAUUGAGACAUACGAGAUCGACGAAGACUUUAUCUUGGAUCUGUUCAGCAAUUUCGUGAUCUCUCAGACAACCCAAGAUGGAAACCGGACCUUCCGCUUCGCCCAUCUGUCAGUGCGAGAAUUCUUAGAAACCAAGCCCGAAUACUCCACGGAAUCCAGCAACGCCUUUGCCGCGGAGGUAUGCUUGUUGAAACUGAUCGGAGCUUCCGGGUCGCCUAGUGCAGAACAAUUCCUCAGCAGACUAGGCCUCAGCGAUGAAAGCACCGUAAAUUUGUCAGAUAUCGACUCUUACAGGAAAGGCAUACAUGACUACUCCUUGCGAAAUUGGAAUGUACACUGUGUGUAUGCUGGCGAAGUGAAUCGGUCGAACGAAGAACUACACCUUUUUCACCUCCUGCGCUAUUUUCUAUUUGAUGAUUCGGAUCCGAACUGUCCACUAAAGUGUUGGGUCCAUUCUCGUCAGCGCCGCAAAAUGGAAAGCGUAACCGGAUCGCACCUUCUCGGGCUGUUGCAAAAUUAUCAUCGAUCUUGGGACCGGGCAUUUUUGCUUUCCUGCGUCUUCGGCUUCGGUGAAGUUCUUCGCAUCGAUCACUAUCAUGAGCUGGAUGACGACGUCAAAGAAGCAUGUAUUUUGGCGGCCGUUACACACUCCCAGUAUCAUAUCUGGGAGUAUUUGAUGGGAGAAAUAAAAGGCCGAUUACUGCAAAAGCGCGUUUUGAACGCACUAGUCGAAAACGACGACAUUGAGCCGCUCAAAUGGUUCUUGACUUUCGUCGAGCCUGACCUGAUUACCGGACCGGUCAUUGUAAAUGCGCAUCAGGCAGAUAAGGAAAUAAUUGAGCUGUUGCUUGAUUAUAAUAAAAGUCUCCACAUUACGACGGAGCUCAUCGAAGAAUGUAGGUCGUCUUACACGGCCAUUGAAGCACUUCUCAGCCGAGCCCCCGAUGUCGUAGUCACCUCUGAGAUACUCAAGAAUGCUAUAGCCGCCAUACCCAUUGAGCACCUGAGAGAAAUUCUUCACAAGAAUGAUGAAUCGAUCAUUACAUGUGAAAUUAUCGCAUCGGCUAGCUAUUACGCUGGUUUGAGAGAAGGGAUGCGAGCCAAAAUAGAGCUUUUGUUGGAAUGCGCUGGGCAGAUCAAAGGGACCGAGAGGGCUAUGAUUCAAGCCGUUGCCUCACGCGACAACUCUGAGGCGAUCGAAAUUCUCAUCAAUCACGGUUGGCCGGUAACAGAAAACGUUAUGGUGAAAGCUGCGACACGGGGAAGAAUCGCUCCUCUCGAGCUCCUGCUCAAGGCUGGAGGCCCAAUUACGUCCAAAGUGAUUGUUGGUGGAGCGCGGAAUCUUGAUGAUGGGCCUCAAAUGGUCAAGCUCCUUGUAUCCUUGACGAACCGACCGUUAGAUGAUGAAUUAUGGGUCCAGAUGAUGCUGCAAUGCGCUCAAAAUACAUGGGGGAAUCCGGAAACUCUUCAAGCGCUCCUGGAAAUGAAACCUGGUCUGAAGGUUUCAGAAGAGGUUUUGAUUGCUUUCACGGAAAAUUCCAUCAAAGGGAACACCAUUCUGGAUGUCAUUCUGGAGGACAACCGAGAGAUACAGGUUACUGAUGCGGUGAUUGUAAAUGCAUUGAAAAGGUUGGACUACACCGAAACCAUAUCAAAGCUUCUCAACCGACACGGCGCUACGAAUAUUUCGAGCCAGAUGCUACUUGGUGCUGCUCAGAACUGUCGAUUCGGAGAUGAAAUGACAAAGCUUCUAUUGCAGCGAACUGCAAUGAUUGAGAAACCAUCCCUGAUGGUUGUUGACGCAGUCACCAGUAAUCAGAUUUCAGGCUAUAAAAUACUGCAGAUACUGGAGACCCAUUUCGGACAACUUGAUCUCUGCGAGGCGAAUGUGAAAACUGCGGCCGAGUCCGGCAACCACGCUAUGCUAACCUUAGUAUUGGAUCGAUGUUCAAUCAGCGAGGCCACGCCAUCUGUUUUAUUAGCCGCUGCGGCCACGGGGAGUUUGGAGGUAAUGAAGCAUCUUUUGAAACUAGACAAUGCUGUUGUUACCGAAGAUAUUCUGAUUGCGGCAUCUGGAAAUCCCAGCUGUAGCAUCGACAUGCUCAGGGUGCUUUGGAACUUCGCCCCACAUAUCAAUGUGUGUCCUGAGAUGUUUUUGAAAGCUCCCAACUCUACGGAUGUUGAGUUUCUGUUUUCCCGGGUGAAAGAUUCCAAAUUAUGCCAGGAUAUUCUGAACGCAGUGAUGACAACAAAAGAGAGACCGAGCGAUUGGCCCGAUUGGGUAUCUGAGCCUGCUCUAAAUCUCAUCCUCGAGAGCGAGUUUGAAAUUGGAGUGUCCGAUGAACUUGUAAUCGAUACCUUGAAGGCAGGCCGGGGAUGGCUUUUGAAGACUUUCUUUGCCCACCGGAGAGACAUUGAAGUCUCACAGGAUAUGGUGAACACAGCAGUCGAGCUAGCAGUUGAUCUGGAGGACUAUCGGGCCCUACAAGUGCUGGUCAAGUAUGGGAAUUCGAAUGAAUUGAACCUGCACGAUGCAAGGGUUAUCCUCGAUAAUUUCCUAUGGGGCUUUAGCGAGGAGUGA